AUGACGGAUAAGGAUGCAGAAAGCAGAGAAUACGUUAGGCCCAAUAUGUAUGAAUAGAGGACGGUGUCAGUUUGGAUGGAAAUGCACAAGAAUAUUCAAGGCAUAAAUUGAACGAUACUCUCGUGGAUAACAUGACGAUAUGAACAAAAUACUAACUAAUUUUAGCAUAAUGGCUCACGAAUCUGUUUGGUUUUCCCACCCAAGAAACUUUGGUAAAGGUUCAAGACAAUGUCGUGUCUGUUCCUCCCACUCCGGUUUAAUUAGAAAAUACGAUUUAAACAUCUGUCGUCAAUGUUUCAGAGAAAGAGCCUCUGACAUUGGUUUCAACAAAUUCCGUUAA